AUUUCGUUUUUCUUCUUCUUCUAAAUUGACCUGUGCAGCAUUGACACCGUCCGUUGUUUAGUUUCAUCUUUCUUUCCUCUAUUAUAUCACUCUGUGUCAUAUAAACCUCUACGUUCUCUUCUCCUAGGAGCCAGAUACCAUCAUUCUCAGGAUGGCACUGUUAGAAAGCAAUGGCUCAACCAUGUCCCAGCGGGCACAGGAUGCCAUCAGGUCGGGCUCUACAAACCUCAUGUGGGAUGUGAUGGGUGACCUGUGGUGUCCAUCGACAAAUCCGGGAGGCUAUGUGAACGUUGGCGUAGCAGAAAAUGUACUCAUGCAUGACCAUCUUCUUGCAUACAUCAACACUCAGCUCACACUACCAGCCAAAUUUCUCACAUAUAAUGAUGGAGGGUCCGGAUCUACGAGGCUUAAACGGGCUAUCGCCAAGUUUCUCAACCGGCACCUCAAUCCAGUAAUUCCUCUGGAGCCUAGCCAUCUACUGGUCACGAACGGGGUGUCGUCUGCCAUUGAACAUGUCUCGUGGGCUUUCACAGAUCCUGGUGAAGGAGUCCUCCUAGGGAAACCAUUCUACGGCACAUUCAUACCAGAUAUCUCGUUACGGCCUGGAACCACAGUGAUUCCGGUAAACUUCGGGGCCUGCGACCCUUUUUGCUUAGAGGCCGUGGACAAGUACGAGCAGGCUCUGUUGGAUUUUCAACAAACAGGGCGUAGAGUUAAAGCUCUGAUGCUUUGCCACCCGCACAACCCACUGGGGCGCUGCUAUCCUAGAGGCGUAAUUAUCAAGCUGAUGCAACUCUGUCAGAAGUAUAGAGUACAUCUGAUCAGCGAUGAAAUCUAUGCUCUCUCUGUGUGGGAAAAUACCGUCGAUAAACACCCUGAACCAACCAAGUUUGAGUCCGCCCUGUCCAUCGACCUUUCUGGGAUCAUCGACCCUCAGCUAGUUCAUGUACUUUGGGGUAUGAGCAAAGACUUUGGUGCAAACGGAUUCCGUAUUGGUGUUAUCAUCUCGCAGACCAAUCGGGACCUUCACACAGCAUUGAAAGGAACAAGCCUGUACUCCUAUGCAUCAGGAGUUUCAGAUUACCUCGCGUCCAUUAUCCUCGAUGACACUCAUUUCACGGAUGAGUACCUUGCGCUGAAUUGCCAGAAGCUUUCUGAAUCAUAUGCAUACACAGUUGAGUUUAUCAGGAGGCAUGGGAUUGAAUACGCACCCGGUACCAACGCUGCAUUUUUCCUUUGGGUGAACUUGGGGAAAAAAUACCGUGAAAUACAUCCAGGAGAGACUAAUGGUGACGACCAUGAUGUUACCGAUAAAGUGAUGCAGCUUCUGCUGCAAAAGAGGGUCUUCUUGGCUAGUGGUGCUCUUUUUGGUUCGGAACGUAGUGGAUGGUUCAGGAUUGUAUUCUCACAGCCAAGGGAAUAUUUAGCUGAGGCUUUACAGAGGAUUCUCGCAGCGCUCGAGGAUUAGCCCCCUCUUUCUGAGAAUAGGCAUAGGAGGCUCAUUAUCUUAGAUAAACAUUCAACGGAAGUAUAUGAAUAUUCGAUGGAUUUACGUUGGUCUCUGGUGUAGAUAUUCAGAAUACCUUGAACAAAAAUAUAUCUCAUUCCCCGAGGGCCUUGGACUCUUGGAGUAUAUACAUUCGGCCACUCAGCGGCC